AUGAUAUUUGAUAAUUCGGGGGAGAAAUGUAGUUAUAUGAAUAUGAAAAAGAUUCGAAUGAAAUAGUAACUGUUUCAGAUGUCCAUGUACCUUGAAAAUAUAAAUCCACAGAUACAAAACAAAUUUUAGAAAGUAAUAGAGUAUCAUUACCUUAAGCUGAUGGAUAUACGCUAUUUACAGUAAUGUAGCUUGUAGAAGGUGUUGUACAAGUUAUAAAAUUAGCUGUUGUUUAAGUGGACGGUAUUCAAAAGUUUCCGGAAUACUAAUGUGCAGUUGGUCCAUUCUAAUAAGUAUAUUUAUCAUUUUUAUAUAAGUAAUGAUAUAUCAAUCGCUAAUAUGAAUUCCCAACUUCAAUUAAGCCAACAAGCCUAAUAACAAGAGACAUCUUCACUAUUUAAAAAUUAAUUAUAUCAAGAAUAAGUGAAUUCAAAAAUUGUAAAUAAAAAAGAAAUAUUCAUAAUUUAUAUAUGGUUGAGAAUAGAUUCAAUUAUUUUUAGAUAAAGGAUCGAUUUAAUUUGGUUUAUUAAAAUUUCAGAUAUUCAUUUAAAAUUUCAUUGA